AUGCCCGACUUCCCAACAUCUCCGGGCCACGACAACGGCUGUUCUCAGCCUUCCUCCUGUUCCAGCUCCUCGACAGCCCUGCGCGCCUGUGCCACCGAAGACUGUGCGCUUCGCACCUGUAGCUGCUCCAGUCUCCACGCCAGCGGCACCAGCGACGCUUCCAGCCGGCCCGGUCUCCAUGCGCACUGCACCAGCGACUGGAGCGAUCUCCGCACCUGCGGCACCUCCCGCCGAACCAGUCUCUGUGCGCAUCACUCCAGCGGUUGCUCCAGACUCCACGCCAGCUGCACCAGCGGCUACUCCAGUCUCCAUGCCAGCGGCACCAGCGACGCUUCCAGCCGGCCCGGUCUCCAUGCGCACUGCACCAGCGACUGGAGCGAUCUCCGCACCUGCGGCACCUCCCGCCGAACCAGUCUCUGUGCGCAUCACUCCAGCGGUUGCUCCAGCCUCCACGCCAGCUGCACCAGCGGCUACUCCAGUCUCCAUGCCAGCGGCACCAGUGAUGCUUCCAGCCGGCCCGGUCUCCAUGUGCACUGCACCAGCGACUGGAGCGAUCUCCGCACCUGCGGCACCUCCCGCCGAACCAGUCUCUGUGCGCAUCACUCCAGCGGUUGCUCCAGACUCCACGCCAGCUGCACCAACGGCUGCUCCAGACUCCACGCCCACGGCUGCAUUGGACUUUGCGCACACCGCGCCAGCACCUGUUCCAGCGCACGCCGCACCACAACCAGUCUCAAGGCCAGACGGUGCGUCGUUCGCACGCAUGCCGUCGGAACCUUCCCCUCCUGCGCCUCCUCAUCCUGCUCCAGCUUCCCUGCCAGCACAGAAGAUGACGAUCGAGGACGCAAACCUGGAGAUGGUCAGUGA